CCUCUCUCUAUCAUCUUGCAAAAAAAAAAAAAAAAAAAAAAAAAAUGACAAUUACAAUUCCUAUACUUGAUUUAUCAAAAUAUCAACCGGACCUGCCAAAUUCGUCCUCCUCCAAAGAAUUUUUAAAGGAACUUUACGAUGCUAUGAGUGAGGUUGGGUUUUUCUAUGUUCAAAAUCACGGUGUUCCGCUUGAACUUCAACAGAAAUCUUUUGAAACAAUCAAAUCAUUCUUUAAACUGCCUGUGGAAGAAAAACUUGAAAUCGAAUUAAAAAACUCGCCUCAUUUUAGAGGGUAUUCGAGAUUAAAUGCGGAAACCACCGAUUAUAAACAAGAUAAUCGUGAACAAGUGGAUUUAGGAAGAGAGUACCCUGUUUUACCCAUUGAAAAUAACCCAGUGUAUGCACACCUUAGAGGUCCUAACCAAUGGCCCAGACAAGUGGAAGGAUUUAAAGAAAAUGUUACUGAAUUAAUGGAAGCCAUGACACAAGUAGGUCUAAUUAUUAUUCGAGCCAUGGCCCAAGUUCUCGAGUUUGAUCAGGAGGAGUUUAUGUCCUUAUUCGGUCAUGAUUAUGGCGUAAGAUGUAAACUGCUUCGUUACCCAUCACUCAAUAAUCCAAUUGAUAAACCUUUAGACCAUGGCCUAGGCGUAGGUCCACACAAGGAUACAGGUUUUUUGGCGUUGCUCUUACAAGACGAAAUUGGUGGACUUCAGGUUCAAACACAACAAGGUGAAUGGUUGGAUGCCAUUCCGAUUCCAAAUACGUUUGUUGUAAACAUUGGAGAGAUCUUCGAACGUUUAACCAAACAGACUUUUGUGGCUACAACGCACAGGGUGGUCAAUAAGCCAUCCAAAAAUCACACUGAUCGAUUCUCCAUACCCUUGUUCCUCUCUCCUGCCUUGGAGACAAAGAUUCCUCAAAUAGACUUACCGACUGUCACUAAGAAAAAUAUCGUAUCUGAUGUAAAACAGGAUCAAUUAUUACAAGAUGAAAUCUAUGGGGUGAAUGAAUUAUUAGGUUACUUGCGUAGCCACAAAGUAACGGCAGACACAUGGUAUUAUUUCAAUGAUGAACAGGGUCAAUGGAAACGCAGACCCGUUGUUGCCUAAUGAAUUAAAAUGUCUUUUUGGCCAUGUUGAAAUAAAUUAUAUAAUAAACGCCUCUCUUGUUCCCAUUUUGUGCAAACCAUAACCCUCC